AUGGUUAGUAAGGCGGAUGCUAUUAUUGCCUUUUUUGAACAAUGCAUUUCAUCAGAAUCCGUUGAGGUUAACCAUUAUUUGGUUGCAAUGCAAAAGAUGAACUCAAUGCAAUUUGGGUUCAGAGACGCGGUGUUGUUCUUCUUCAAAGAAAAUCUUCAUGUCUUGCACAAUUUGGCUGGUUUGCACUACUCUAUUGCAUGGCUUGGAGUGCCGGCGGAUAAUGUGAUGGAAGCUUUAAAUAGCUCGAAGAUUUCCUAA